CCCGAAAGUGUUUGCAACUCUCUCGCUGUUGCUUUUUUGGGUGUCUUAUUUCGGGGGAAAGGGAAAAGCGAGAAAAGCGAGUGAAUUUCUCGCGAGGAUUGGAGGAGGAGCAGGUGGAUUCCAUGCCUGCAAGAGGCACGGGUAAGAGAACCACCAACGGCUGAAAACUGGGACUCCAGGAGGCGGCGGACGAGGAGCACCAGCUGCACCGCCGACCAGGAGGAGCACUUCUGAUGGCCCUGGAGCCACCAGGCGCCUCCGCCGCCGCCGCCGCCAUGGACGACAGCAGCAGCGGACGCACCUCGCUGGCGGACAGCGCCAGCCUGACCAACUCCUCGCUGCGCAGCGGCUGCUCCUCGCAGAGCAUCAGCGCCUACGACGGCACCAUUAGGAUCUUCAAUCUGGCCACCAAGGGCUACGAACGCUUUCCGCCGCACAUGAACUGCGAACAGAUCUGCAACGAGAUGUGCAAGCUCCUCUGCAUUGCGCCCACCGCCCAGCUGCUCUACGGCAUCCGGGAGCACUCGACAUCGCGUCGUCCCACGCCGCUGAUUCGUCUGGAGCUCACCUGGUCGCUCCCAGGCGAGCGACUCAACUGCCAGCUGAUCUACUGCUUUCGCAUGCGUUUCCGUGUCCCCGAAUUGGACAACCAAUUGGAGUCCAUCGACGGGAGGAGCCACAAGUUCCUCUACUUUCAAAUGCGACACGAUUGGCUAACCGAACAGAUACCAGAGAUUCGCUAUCCGGAGCACAAGGACAAGUCCACGGGACUGGCCGUGAUGGACAUGAUGAUCGAUGCCCAGGAGCAGACCGAACAGGAUCAGGCUUUGCGGGACAUUGAGAAGUCGUACAAGACCUAUUUGCCGCCCAGUUUGUGGCGGGCGCACAGCUUUUUCGUGGGCUCCAAGAUACGCGAGGUGUUCAGGAAUCUAAAGGCCAACGCCCCGAGUGUUGAGCGUUUGAAGUGGCACUAUGUCCAUCAGAUCUCGCAUUUGGCGCCCUCGUACCUCACCGAACAGUUCACCUGCACCGUGCAGUAUCUGCCCAAUGAGGAGGUGACCCGCGGCGGAAGCUCCGGCAUCGUGGGAAGCCUCACGCAGGCGGUUAGCAAGUCCACCUCCACGCUGGUCAGCUCGGGAUCCACCAACACGCUGUCCACUUUGACCACGAGUGCUCCGCAAGUCGGCAAGAAGGGCAAACGACGAUCCGCGAGCGCCGGAAUCGAUGUCUAUGUGCGGGUCUUUCCGCACGACUCACUGGAGCCGGGACUCAAGGUGGCCAGGGUCACAUCGGAGGCCACACUCAAGUGGAAUCUGGUGGGCGCCGUGGAGGGAAUUUUCAUGAUCUCCAAAAUCAACGAGACCUCAGUGAGGCUCGAAAUCGUUGGGUUGCCCAAGGGCUACGAGAUGCAGUUCCAGACGGACAAGGAGAUGAAGUCCUUCAUCUCCUACCUGGGCAUCUAUAUCAGAUUGUCCAGCAAAUGGAUGCAGGACCUGUGCCACUCCUACCGCACGCCCUCCCUCGAGGAGCUGGGCGCCCUCUACUGCCACGGACCCAUCGGCGGCGCCUAUUCGCUGAUGAAGCUGCACGAGAACGGCGACAAGUGCGGCAGCUACAUUGUGCGCGAGUGCGACCGAGAGUACAGCAUAUACUACAUCGAUAUCAACACCAAAAUCAUGGCCAAAAACACCGACCAGGAGCGCUGCAAGACGGAGACGUUCAGGAUCGUGCGCAAGGACUCGCAGUGGAUGCUAAACUACAACAAUGCGGUGCAUACGCUCAACUCGCUGCACGAGGUGGCGCACUUCAUUCAGGCCGACAGCCCCGAUCGCUACCGCAUACCCGCCUCCAAGUACGACAAGCCGCCGCUGCUGCUGCUGCUGCUGCCGAAGAACCUCAAGGCCAAAAAGACUGACCUGCAGCUGAGCGAGGCGGAGCUGCAGCGGCGCAAUCCGCAGAUCUUCAAUCCGAAAACGGAUCUGCAAUGGUAUCCGGAUUCGAUAUCUCUGAGCGACGACGGCAUGAUGUUCACCAUGCGUGGCGAUUGGCUGCAACAGAGUCCUGUGAAGGAUGUUUCGGUCACAAUGAAAAUGCUAAAAAGCGACGGCAAUUUCAUGGAGUUCUUUCGACUGGCGCAAACCUGGAGUCUCAUCCAAUCGCCGCAGUUCCUCAAGCUGUACGGCCUCACGCUCGCCGAUCCCUACACCAUGGUCAUGGAGUACUCCAAGUACGGGCCACUGAAUAAGUUCCUGCACACGGUGCCCAAUGUCACGCUGCACUGCCUCCUCGAUCUGAUGCACGGACUGGUGCGCGGCAUGCACUAUCUGGAGGACAACAAGAUCAUACACAACUACAUCAGGUGCAGCAAUCUGUACGUGACCAAAUACGAUCCCAAUUCGUACGUGCUCGAUGUGAAAAUCAGCGAUCCCGGCUAUCCGCGUCCCUACCGAGAAUCCGACUCACCGUGGGUGCCCACCAAGUACUACCGCAAUCUGCAGGCGGCCAAGCUGGAUCAGUACACCCAGCUGUGGGCCUUCGCCACCACCAUAUACGAGAUAUUCUCGCGCUGCAAGGAGGAUCUGCGCAAUUUGAAGCAGGAGCAACUGCUGCGGCAGCGGAACACCGAUGGCAACAUACUCAAGAUGCUCGAUCCGGACUUGUGUCCCACGCUAAUGUUCGAGACGAUCAUGGACGGUUGGUCCGAUGACGAGGAGAAGCGCUUCAGCCACCACGACAUCUUCUCGCGCCUCAACACGAUGAAGGCGGAGAUACUGCCCAACUAUCAGCCGCCACCGGUCGCAACGAAUGGCGCUGGCGAGGAAGAGGAGGUGGUGGAGAGGAGCGACAUGCCCCGCAACUAUCCCUUCCCUCGUUCGAAUAUGCUGAUGGCGAUAACGCUGACCAGCGAAUGCCGCGUCAUCUACAACAUGGAGAACAUGAUCGGCCAGGGUCACUAUGGCACCGUCUUCAAGGGCCACCUGGAGUUCAACGACAAGGACCAGCCGCGCGAGCAGGUGGCCAUCAAGAUGCUGAACACCAUGCAGGUGUCGACCGACUUCCAUCGCGAGAUCGGCAUCAUGCGCUCGCUCGUUCAUCCGAAUAUCGUCAAGUUCCGCUACUGGGCGGAGAAGUCGCACUGCAUCAUCAUGGAGUACCUGUCCGGCUCCUUCGAUACCUACCUGCGCUUCGAGGCGCCCAAUCUCAAGGAUGCACGACUGGUGGCCUUCGCUUUGGACAUUGCACAAGGCAUGAAAUACUUGUCCGGCAUGGGACUGAUCCACAGGGACUUGGCCGCCCGCAACAUUCUGGUGGAUCACAACGGCGAUGGUGAUUGCGUCAAAAUCUCAGACUUUGGCCUGGCGCAAUUCGUCAAUUCAGAUGGAUAUUACUACGUGAAGAGCAAGCGAGAUAUUCCCAUUAAAUGGUACUCCCCGGAGGCCAUCUCCACCAGCAGAUUCUCAUCCUACUCGGACGUUUGGAGCUACGGCGUCACGCUCUUCGAGAUGUUCACCCGCGGCGAAGUGCCCAAUUUGGUGCCGAUGCAGACCUCGCAGGAGGACUUCCUGAAUCGCCUCAUGAACGGUGAACGAUUAAAUCGGCCGGCCAGUUGUCCGGACUUCAUGUACGAGUUGAUGCAGCUGUGCUGGCACGCCACGCCCCGUUCGCGGCCCAGUUUCGCCGACAUCGUGGAGAUGAUCACCAACGAGGUGGCCACCAAGAUUUCGCAUCCGUCGGAUGGCCACCAGCCGCCGCCGGAGGCCGAGUGACAGGAGGCGCGAGUUGCGAAUCCGAGUUCGCAAUCAACAGAAUGAUAUACACAUAUUUAGGCAUAAGUUCGUUCUUUUAAGCUGUUAGCAUUUAACCUGUACGUUUUUAAAACAACACAAGCGAACCCCAAAACCACUUGACGUCACCCCCCAAAAACCCUUAAAGCUUAAAGCGCUUUCGGAAGAAUCACAAAACACUUAAAACGAAAAAAAAUCAAAAAAAAAAACACCCAUCUGUAAUCUGUAAUAUGUAAAAUGUAAUAUGUAAUCUGUAAUCGGUAACAAGCCCAAAACACACACACAAAACACAAACACUCACGCCUUCGCAAGCCUUUUUGGAUUCUCGCCAGACCUUAGUUUUAUUCUUGUGCUCACCACUGGCCCCCUAAAACUCGUCUCUAGCCCCCUAUUAACCCCCCUCUCUUGACUAAGCGGAAGACCCGACUUUACAUAUAUACGCAUAUAUAUUUAAACAAAUUCUCAACCUACUUUGUGUUAUACAUUUUAGCCCACUUUGUUAAAUAUUGUUAAGCUUGAGCUUCAACCUUUUGUAAUGCCCACGCAUAAACACUAAACUAAAUACUAAAUAUAAAGUGUAAAUAAUAA